AAGUAUGUAAGAGUACGUGAUAUAUGUAUUUACCUGAAUUGCCGUUGUUCGUCGGGUCCUGAAAGGGAGUACGUGCCCCACUAUGCUCAGAGGAUGCCAUAUUGUCAACUCAGUUUGUCAUGCAGAUCAUGAUGUACUGUCAGAAAGUAGUCAUAUGUCCUCAGAUGCUGCGGGCCACAAGGGGUGAUGACACCGGAGGUAGGGCAACACGCCGAGUCGAGGACGUCCACCGGGUGGAGGACGUCGCGGCUAACAGGGGCGACGGCGGUGUGGCGACGACGGCGGGGCGAGGAGAGGUAGGGCAACAAGGUGGGUUGAGGAAGGACGUGCACCGGGGUGGAGGACAUCGCGGCUACCAGGGGCUAGGCCGGCGUGGCGACGGCGGCGGGGCGAGGAGAGGUAGGGCAGCAAGGCGGGUCAAGGAUGUCCACCGGGCCGAGGACGUCGCAGACACCAGCGCUGAUCGCGGCUGUUUGUGGCGUGGUGGCGGCGUAGAUCGUGGAGGUGUUGUUUAAUUCCCAGGAGGUGUCAUCGUGGGGCUAGGAGGUGUCAUCGUGGGGCUGUGUAGCAUCCUGAACGGGGGAGUCUGCCGGCAGAACAUUUGUUGUGAACCGUCGAUCUGAUUGUAGUAUGGUUGAU